CACCAAACGACCCAAACUACCAGUUCCAUCUCUGGAUGGCUUUUUCAACAGCGCGACUUAUCUUGGCUAAGAAAAUCAGCGAACAACCAUCCGGACAGAGAUCCUGAGAAAGCUAAACAGUCUCCAGCCGAUCGUAGAGGACAUCAACCUCAUCAAGAAUGCCAUCAACGUACUCGCAUCGCCUGCUCCCGUCGCACCCAAUGCAGCUACCCGCAUCGCCUCCUGGGCGACGUAGUCCGCUCGGGCGUAGUCCGUCGACAUGGACUAGCAGAGUUUCCACAACCGCGAAAGUUAAAUACAGGGAGACCGUAGUAAAAAUGGGUGCGAACGCGGCGGCUGGACGUACUCCGCCAGGUAUCGUCGGAAGACCUCCGCAAAAGGGUGAAUGAUGCCUUAGGC